GUCACACAAAUGUCAGGCGUUCGCAUGCGUGUCAUGCGUUAUCAAAAUUUCCAAUGAAAUUAAAUUAUUUUAUUUCACAAGCAUCUAGUUUAAUUUGGCUAACACUUAUGCCUGCUAACAUGAGAGAAUGGGACUGGAUUGCUAUAGCGGGUGCGCUUCUAGCGUUCACUCUGCCCCUGAGCCUGCUGGUACCCAACUUCUCCUUGUGGAUGGUAGUUCCUAAAGUGCAAGUGACUCGUUUCCACUUCCUCGCCCAGCACUUUACUUGGUUGCAGUUAAAUACUGCCAUUAUUAUCCUAGUAUUGUUGCUGUUUUUUAUUCAUCUUGAGAUAAGAAAGCGAAAGUUGGAUGAAAUGGUAGAAAGGGUGAUGCUAGUAAGCCAAGCAGCGGACAAGACAGUAGAAGAGGAGAGUUGUAAGCAGGCGGGGGCCAUGCGCGCGUGCGUCGAGCUACUAGACACAGCUGCCGAACAGUACGAGCAUCUGGUGCUGCUGCGUCAAGAGCUAGGCCAGCGACAGCCCAAGCAGGGCCCGCCGGGCGUUGACAGCUCGCAAGACAUUAACGAAUAGAUAACACGGGUUCUUAAAAGUGCGCAAUCGAUAGAAAAAUAAAAGAUAGGAUUGCGAGGGCCGGAUACAAAGUGGGAUGCUGCGAAUUGUCGUCGUAUUAGCCGGUAUCAGAUGGGCGAGUUCCUGCCUCCCCACUGCCUACAUGCUGCCCACUGCCCACUGCUGUCCUGCGCUGCCCAGCUCCCGGUUAUCGGCGCUAAGCCUGCUUUACAGCGAGUAUUCGUCGAGAAAAUGCACGGACCCGCUUGUAUUCUUAACCGAAUAAAAUGUAUCCUCUAGGUAUAGCGCAGACAUCUGGAAAAGUGG